AUGGGAGGGAUACUAAGAGGAGCAUACACAGAGGAGUUAUCGGGGCUCUUGCUCCCGGAGACCCCACAGUGGGAGUUUUUCCAAAUUCUGGAGACGUUGGUUCAACCCUCAUCCCCAGCGUCUCUGGCCAUUCUCCAGGAGAUCCCCUCAGGCUUUCCGCCUGGUGGCUGGGCACUGUCUCUACAGAGCUCCCCACAGGAGGUCAGACAGGAGGUCAGACAGGAGCCGACUGAUGGGGUUCUCAACGCCAUCCCCCAGCAGGGGGCACAGGGGGCCCACGCUGCCCAAAGAGUGCCGCUCGGUCUCAAGGGGCAAACCGCAUCAACCGGGAACACAAAUAAGCUCUGUAAGGUGCAGACCGCCCGGGCACACCGGCUGGACAAGCUGGUGGAGCACCUGGUGCCUGCCUUCCUGGGCAGGGACCCCACCUUCGUCCCCACCUUUCUCUGGAACUACAGAACUUUCGCCACCACCCAACAGGUGUUGGACCUACUAUUGACAAGGUAUGGCUGCAUCUUCCCGUAUGCUGAAGAGGAUGGUGGGCCUGUGGACCAGCAGAAAAAGGCCAUCAUCUCCAUCCUGGGCAUGUGGCUGGACCAGCUCCCUCAGGACUUUUUCCAGCCCCCAGACUUCCCGGGCCUGGUGAUGCUGCUGGCCUACCUGGAGCUCAAUUUCCCAGGCUCAGCCCUGGAGCGCCAGGCCCAGCUGCUCCUCUCAGAGCUGGAGUGCCGCGAGCCCACAGAGGCAGAGGCAGAGGAACCAGCUCCAGAGCCAGAUAAAAAAAGACCUCAAGAGGCAACACCGACUCCAGUGGCCUCUCCAGAGCCAGAGCGGGCUCCGGGCACAGCUUUCACUGACCUUCACGAGGCAGAAGAAUCGCCUGCAGCGUGUGGGCAACUCGCCUCAGCUCCUGCGAGGCCCGUGGUCCCCGGUCCUGGGCUGCAGCCUGUGUAG